AUGGCCUCGCAGGACCCUCCACGAGCGCCCAAGGAGGGCCUGUGGGACUCGCUCACCCCGCAAGAACAGAAGAAGGCCAUCACCAUCUUUCUGUGUUCGCUCGGAAUCACUCUCUUGGUCACGGGCAGGAGUGGCGGAAAGAUGCUGAAGAAGGCUCAGACGGGUGAGGCAGGGUCUGUUGGGCAGGUGCAGCAGGCGGCGCAGGCGGGAAAAGUCGCGCAGACGACACCAACACCUCUUCCUCCUCGACAAAGCCCCCCCUUGGCCCGCUCUCGCCCUACACCCGCCGAAGAGGCAGCAUCGUCGCCGCAACCCAUUCCAUUGCCCACCUCCUUCCUCCACCCGGACUCGCUCGUCCCGCCGAAACCGGUCCGGCUCUUGCGAUCCUUCGUUGCGCCUUCUCCUCCCGAUGCUCCCGUCUCCGUUCUCCCCUCCCGUCCGCCCGCAUCCUCCUACUUCCUCCCCAAUCCGCAAAUUACGUCAGCAUCAAAAGCGUUCGCAGACGAGGUGGACCGGCUGGACAAGUUGCACGACGAUGGGACGGCGGAGAAGCAGGAACUGCCAGAGGGGUUCAAUCCGGCGCUGUACGCGGCGAAAGCGUUGGGUAUCGCAACCCUCAUUACUGUGGGGACGUUCUCGGCGGGAGUGUAUGGGUUGAUGCGGUGGUUCGGCGUGGAUGAUCUCGAGAUGCUUGCAAUCGGCGUACGACAGAGCCUGCCGGGCUUCCUCGACGCACACCGGCCAACCAUCCCAUCCUGGGCUCAACCUGCUCCCUCCGCCGAACCGCUCGGUCCCGACGCUCCGGCACCCUCAAACGAGGCAGAGGAGGAGGAACUGUCAUACUUUGCGUCUCUCAAGGCGAAGCUGGACCAGGAGGCGGAGGAGGACCGGUUAGAGAAGCAGUUGGCGUGGGAGAGGAUGCGGCGACGAGCCGAGGGGAUCAAGGGGGCUCCGGCAUAG